GUGCCGCGCAGAACGCUGAGAUGACGCAUGCGCAAAGAUGCCUGCGCCGCCUAUAUAAGCACGGAGCCGGGCUCUUCCUUGUAGUGCUGCUGGGACCGUUGGCAGGGCGUGUGGGCUGUACGUGUAAAACCACUCGAGCCCCGGGUGCUGCAAGGAAAGGAGCAGAGCGCGCGGGCCGGUCAGAAUGUCGCGUUAUGGGCGGUACGGAGGAGAAACGAAGGUGUAUGUUGGUAACCUGGGAACUGGUGCUGGCAAAGGAGAGUUAGAAAGGGCUUUCAGUUAUUAUGGUCCCUUAAGAACUGUAUGGAUUGCAAGAAAUCCCCCAGGAUUUGCCUUUGUGGAAUUUGAAGAUCCUAGAGAUGCUGAAGAUGCAGUGCGAGGACUGGAUGGAAAGGUGAUUUGUGGUUCCCGAGUAAGGGUUGAACUAUCAACGGGCAUGCCUCGGAGAUCUCGCUUUGAUAGACCACCUGCCCGACGUCCCUUUGAUCCCAAUGAUAGAUGCUAUGAGUGUGGCGAAAAGGGACAUUAUGCUUAUGACUGUCACCGUUAUAGCCGGAGAAGAAGAAGCAGGUCACGGUCUAGAUCACAUUCUCGAUCCAGAGGAAGGCGAUACUCUCGCUCACGCAGCAGGAGCAGGGGACGGAGGUCAAGAUCGGCAUCUCCUCGAAGAUCAAGGUCUGUGUCUCUUCGUAGAUCAAGAUCAGCUUCACUCAGAAGAUCUAGGUCUGGUUCUAUAAAAGGAUCGAGGUAUUUCCAAUCCCGGUCCAGGUCAAGAUCAAGAUCCAGGUCUCUCUCACGACCAAGAAGCAGCCGGUCAAAGUCCAGAUCUCCAUCUCCAAAAAGAAGUCGUUCCCCAUCAGGAAGUCCACGCAGAAGUGCAAGUCCUGAAAGAAUGGACUGAAGUCCUCCAGUUCACCCUUUAGGGAAAAGUUAUUUUGUUUACAUUAUUAUAAGGGAUUUGCAACGUCUGUAAAGUGUAACCCAGAAAGGAUAUUUCAACCAUCUAAUCAAAAUGGAUGUGGAUUAUUACUCUGUAAAUUUAUGGCAGUAAAAUAAUACAAAUUUUUGUUGAAUGUAUUAACAUCUUACGGUCUGAAAAUGGGUUUUAUUUGGCACAUUUAAAUAAAGUGUUUCUAAUAGACUUUUGAUUUGUGUUCAGUAGUAACACUUCUUCAACUGGUAAACAUCAGGAGUCAGACUUGUUACUAGCCACAUUCAUACAGACUUUAAUUCUGUGUUUAAUGGUGUUGGUUAAAUCUUGGACAUUGUCAGCCUGGCUGGAUCUUAGGGGGCUUUGAAAAUUCUGCUUUACCCUUGUAGCAUUGGUUAAGAUGAUUUUGAGUCCUCUACAAUAGCAUGGUUAUGACAAACCCCUAAAUCUAUUUGAAUUUGGUGUUUUUGGAUACUGUCAAAUUAAUGAACUCAAUCUGUUGAUCUAAAGGGACCACUGAUUUGCCUAUAAGUAAGCAUGACAGGAACAAAACAAAGCUUAUUAAAAUAAUAUAUAAAUGAAGUGAGAAACUGAUUUCUGAAGGCUAAGUUUAGCAUCUGAUGGACAAUUUCAGGCUUUUGGGUGGGAUGGUUUCUACCUGGUGUUCUUUUCUUUGUUUUCAAACAGUCUUUUAUACCAAAACAAAAUGCAUAUGUGAGGCAUUGUCUGAAUUUCGAACGAUAUUGUAAACCAGCUUUGCAAAAUUUUCUAACCCAGAUAUUCCUUAAAAUUCCUUAAAAGUGUAUUGCCUUACUCUGAAGACCUGUUGUACCCAAGCUAAGUUUUGUUUGUUUUUGAGACAGACACUGUCUGUGGUGCAGUCUGGUCUUCAGCUCACUAGCCCAGGCUCACCUUGAACUCAGGCAGUCUUGCCUCAGUCUCCUGAGUGGGAUUCUGGGUGUUACCACUCCUAGCCACAAACUAAGUUUCAGUUCCCAACAACUAUAGUUCUCCAGUUUUGCCAAGCUGGUACAAAGUAAAGUAAAGAAUGUUAAUCAGAAAUGUUAAUGAGACUAAAAGUUUUGUAAAUCUCACAUACUUAGCAAUACUUUAUGUAGCCAAGUUUUUUUUUUGGUAGUGACUCUUAGACCUUAGAAUGUUAUAGCCAGUAGGUUCUUACUUGGAAUUUAAAUAUUAAGUAUAAUAGGUAAAAAACAGUUACUUUUGAGGGUUUCUGGAUAUGCUUUUACCAGUAUUUCUCGGCUUGGUGCAAAAAAAAAAAAAAAAAAAA